CAGGGGGGCAGAGGAAUUGAUGUGAGGCUGUUUGCUGUGGUCUUUGUGUGUGUGCGGGUGCUGGAGGUGGCAUUGCAGCAGUGCCAGGCAGGCUGGCAUGCAGUGGUGGCUGCACUGCACGGGCACUGAGAGAGGGUGUAGGGCUGCUGUGAGGAGCUGAGAGACGCCCAGGCAAUGAGAAUCUCUGACCCUCUCUCUUUUCCUUCCACGAAUGAUUGAACUUGCGAGACUGUCCUAAACCAGAAUAUCCAGGGCAUGGCUGCUUCUAGGCCCUCGUGGUUUUGAAAAGAGGUGCUAGCCCCAAAAUGAAAGAGAAAAGAGUUUUCUUAUAAGCUGUCACUUUUGCUGCUAUGUUCCAUAAGGCAAAUAAUCCACUGGGGACCUGGCAGCUCAGUUCUGUGGAUUUCUCCACCUGAUGCAGCCUUGGUGAUGGGAGGGCUGUUUCUGUUGUGUGUUUGCAGUUAUGUGCAAGGAAAACAAAGGACAGUUGUCUCUUGCAGUUAGUAAAUGUGGAAUCUCAUCAGGUGUUGUUUCUUUGCAUGUGAUCGAUAGAAAAGUCACCUGGAGCUGUCUGGAACUGCUUAGUCUCAGGCAGGAGAUACAGAGCUGUUUAUAGCCAGAGAUUUGCACUAUGCUGAUAUGUAGGUAUUUGUGCAUGGUUAUGUUCACAUGCUCUCUGUAUGUGUCCUUGUAAAUACCAGAGUGCUUGUAACCUUCUCAAGUACACUGCCAAUGCAAACGGCAGGGGAUGAUUUUGCAGAGGAAUAACCACUGAGUUGCUAAGUUAAGAACAUGGCUACAAUUGUGGGUUUGAGAUGUGUAGGGUUGUGUGGCUCUCUCUUGGAAAACGGCACUCAGGCAUUAGCAUUCCUGGGAGUGCUGUAAUAGGAGACAGAUGGCAUUUGAGGGCUAGAUUCCUUGUUUAGACCCUGUUUUCCCACGUUGCUUUCUGACUGAUACUUGGCAACGAACAACCAGUGUCCGAGUCACUGCCCAGCCUUGGCCACUGCGCGCUCCAUUCAGCAAGGCGCUGAGCACUCUAACCUCAGUCCAGCAAAGUAUUGAAACAUGUGUCUCACUUUAGGUGCCUGACAAGGCCCUUUGAAGUCAAUGGAACAUCACAGGAGCUUAAAGCCAAGUAUGCACGUACGUGUUUGGCUGGCUCGGGGCCCGAGUGCGCAGCCCCCUGCAGGGCUGAGCGCUAAGCCACCUGUCAUUCAGACAAGAGAACCAUUUUCCAGGAGAGUCUCUUCUCCCAGCCCCUGUCCUGGGCUGGAGAGCCUGUGGAUUGGGUGGUGGCCAGGUCCCCACCAGGCCAUUCUGCGCCAUGGUCCCCUGAGCAUUGGAUUCUCUCUUCCAUUGCCUCGCCACUCUCCGCAGUGACUGGGCAGAUGUGCUGCUGCUUAGUGGCUACUGUCCUGCGCUGACCCACUGGGGACUCCCCAGGCUGCCAUCUGCACAGCUAGACACCUGCACCAUAGUCAGGGCUUGGGAGACUCUGGGAAGAGGGAGUGUGUCUAGGACAGCUCAGGAGAUACGGUGCCGAGGGGCGCUGUGCAGAGCCCUCGGACAGAACACACAGCCCUGGCUCCAGCUUCUUAUCUGCAUGGGACAAAGACAUACCUUGGGCCUUGUCAGGAGGGCAGGCAGGUGGCAGAGAGAUGGGUGGGGAAAGCGUCACAAGGGCCUGGAUCUCCUCCACUGGCAGGGACGGCCGUUGCUUCGGCCCAGCAGUCCCCUCCUGGGCCACACUGCAAGUCAGACGCACCCCCGGGGCCGCGCAGUGUGCCACGUGACUGGGCUGUGCUGGUGCUGCUGGGGCUGGAGCUCACCCACUCCAUACCCUCCCCAGCGUGGCUGCGUGGGCCUGUCAGCUUUAACCGGACAGCCCAGCAGUUGUUGGCUAAAGCCUGUUCAACUCAAGGCAGCCUUGGCCUUAGUUUAGAAACUACCAAUCAGUGGUUUGUGUAAAUGGCUGCCGAAGUCCUCUCUGGCCUUCCCAGGGCAGAGCGUCUGUAAACCCCUGUGGCCCAUGCACAGCUCUGGGGCUUUCCCGGCUCUCUCCCAUGGCGAGGUUGCAUAGAAUCAGAGAAUCUCAGGGUGGGAAGGGACCUCAGGAGGUGUCUGGUCCAACCCCCUGCUCAAAGCAGGACCAACCCCAACAAAUCACAUUGCACAUGGAAUGAACAGCUGGCAGGGUUAGCUGUUUUCCCUAGCCAAGUCCAGCAGUUCUGCACCGACUCCCCAUGUCCUCCCUGUGAUCGGCCCAGCACCACGGUGAGCCGAGCCCCUGCCUGCCCUGAGGACUUGUGGCAAGUCGAUGUCUGAGUAAGGGCAGCAAGAUCAGGCCCUUUUACCCAGAUGUGGGCUGCACCAAAGCCCUUGUGGUGCUCUCGCUGGAGGCUAACGCCACAUCUACGUCGCUGUCUGCCUGUUCUGGUGCAGGGCCCUGUGCUUUGCCAGCUCUCAUUCCUGAGGAUGCCUGCACUCUAUAAAUAGCUCCUCGUAAAUCCCUGCCUGCCGUUCCCCGCUCCGGCAGAGCCCCGCUGGCCUGUCCUGCUGCUGGGCUGCUUUUUCCACCUUCCUUUGGUUGCCACAGCAACCGGCUGUGGAGUCGUGGGGAAGAGCUGCAGCCCCUGUGCAGGGCUGUGCACAGCUGGAGCGCGGCCGACGCCCUGACUCACACAUGCCGCAGUCACUCCUCCGGCCCGGUCCCUCCCACUUCCCGGCUCGCUGGCCCCGGGCGAGAGCGCAGCGCAGAGCUCCGGCAGCCUCUGGCCAGGCAGGUCGCUGCGCUCCAGGCUCAGGGUCCCUCCGUGGGCUCGCUGCCUGGAGCCGGGGGCACAGCCAUGCCCUUCCUCCGAGACCUCUCCAAGCCCCAGCCCCUGGAGUUCCACUCGGACAUGCUGCUCGGCCUGCCCCGGCCACGCAGCGGGAACCUGCCGCGCCGGCACACCAUGAAGGAGGCCAAAGACAUGAAGAACCGACUGGGGAUAUUUCGACGGCGAAACGAGUCUCCAGGAGCCAACCCCAUCAGCAAGCUGGACAAAGCAAUGAAAUCCCUGAAGCCGACCCCGGAGGAAGCUCUCAAGUGGGGGGAAUCUCUCGAGAAACUGCUGCUGCACAAAUAUGGGCUGGCUGCCUUCCGGGCUUUCCUGCGGACGGAGUUCAGUGAGGAGAACCUGGAGUUCUGGCUUGCGUGCGAGGAGUACAAGAAGAUCAAAUCCCAGUCCAAGAUGGUCUCGAAGGCCAAGAAGAUCUUUGCUGAGUACAUUGCUAUCCAGUCAUGCAAAGAGGUAAACCUGGACUCCUACACACGGGAGCACACCAAAGAGAACCUGCAGACCAUUACCCGGAGCUGCUUCGACCUCGCUCAGAAGCGGAUCUAUGGGCUCAUGGAGAAGGACUCUUACCCCCGCUUCCUCCGCUCGGAGUUGUAUUUAGACAUAAUUAACCAGAAGAAAUCCAGCCCCCCACUGUAGAUCCCAAGGACUCUGUCUGGGGCAGACUGGGAGCUGUAUGUUUACAUGAAUUCGACUGGGACAGUCUUCCCUGAGCUGGACGAGGGGAGCGUGCCUUUCUGCUGGGAUUCACACCCAUGGAAGCCAUAGCUCCGUAGCGAACGGACGCGUGAGCAGGCCAAGGCAGAGAGCUAGAGGCCAAGGGGGCUGGAGAGCCGAGCAGGCUGGUACUGUUCCAUUGUACCGUUCCUCAGGAUCUCACCGUCUCACCGGUACGACGCCCUUUGCCGUGGCUCGGGGGGAAGGGAAGAUCCCACGAGACGACUGGGACGCACUGGCCUGAGCUUUGUCUUUUGUUUUGGGGGGCCAUAAGUUGGUGGGCAGUGAGGCUUUGGGGCGAGGGGAAACCAGCAAGAACGGGACCAAACCGCUUUCCGUGGCGUUGCCGUGCUCCCCUGGCCCGGCAGAACUCGCACUUGGCCCUGAUCACGGGCCAGAAUGGCACUUCCUGUGUCUGUGUGUGGCCAUGCGUCCCUCAAGCAGCGAGAGCCAGUUCCUCCCCCACGCCCACCGCACGCCUCUCGGUUUAUUUAUUGACCUCCUGUAGCUGGGCGCGUUGCUGUGUGAUGGGAACUCCUUGCAUCCUUUCCUUUGUUAAUUUACAAGUGCAAUAUUUCUGCGUCUUGGAGUCCCGCGGUGGAAUGGACGCCAUCUCUUCUAAGAGUGUGUCCAACAUUUUCUAACUCGGUGGGUUUGAUUCGACAAACUCGGUGCUCCUAGCAGCAGGCCGCUGGGAGAGCCCGGGUGUAUAUAUAGUUCCGUGACAACGGAGGGUUUGAUUGUGUAGAUAAACAGCUGUGUGAAUCAGACACUCUCACUGCUCUGAUAACGAUGUCGUGGUCUUAGUGCCGGACCUGACGGAGUUGGACAGAAUGCCUUGCGUCUAAGUGCCCGGUUUACAAUGCAAAGCAUCUCUGCAGCUAACAAAAACAUGUUGAGGUCAUGGUUAUAGUGUAAAUAAAAGGAGAAAAUAUAA